CAGUAGCCCGCCCCGCAGCAGCCCGCCCCGCAGCAGCCGGGCCCGCAGAGGAGGCUGAAAUGCCCGAGAUAAAAGUCACUCCCUUGGGGGCUGGGCAGGACGUGGGGCGCAGCUGCAUCCUGGUCUCCAUCGCUGGGAAGAACGUCAUGCUGGACUGCGGGAUGCACAUGGGCUACAACGAUGACAGGCGCUUCCCUGACUUUUCCUACAUCACCCAGAACGGGAGGCUGACUGACUUUCUGGACUGUGUGAUCAUCAGCCACUUUCAUUUGGACCAUUGUGGAGCUUUACCCUAUUUCAGUGAAAUGGUGGGUUAUGAUGGGCCCAUUUACAUGACCCAUCCUACCAAGGCCAUCUGUCCCAUCCUCCUGGAGGACUACAGGAAGAUCACUGUGGAUAAGAAAGGGGAAAUCAACUUUUUCACCUCCCAAAUGAUUAAAGACUGCAUGAAGAAAGUGGUUGCUGUGCAUCUUCACCAGACAGUUCAGGUGGAUGAGGAGCUGGAGAUCAAGGCCUACUAUGCAGGCCACGUGCUUGGAGCUGCCAUGUUCCAGAUCAAGGUUGGGUGUGAGUCCGUCGUCUACACUGGUGAUUAUAACAUGACACCAGACAGACAUUUGGGAGCUGCCUGGAUCGACAAGUGUCGCCCAGAUUUGUUGAUCACUGAGUCCACCUAUGCCACAACCAUCAGGGAUUCCAAACGCUGCAGAGAAAGAGACUUCCUGAAGAAAGUCCAUGAGACUGUAGAGAGAGGAGGGAAGGUUCUGAUCCCGGUUUUUGCCCUUGGACGUGCCCAGGAACUUUGCAUUUUACUGGAAACCUUCUGGGAAAGGAUGAAUUUGAAGGCUCCAAUUUAUUUUUCCACGGGGCUGACAGAGAAGGCCAACCACUACUACAAGCUGUUCAUCACCUGGACUAACCAGAAGAUCCGGAAGACGUUUGUGCAGAGGAACAUGUUUGAGUUCAAACACAUCAAAGCGUUUGAUCGGGCCUUUGCAGACAAUCCAGGGCCCAUGGUUGUGUUUGCAACCCCUGGCAUGCUCCAUGCAGGACAGUCCCUUCAGAUCUUCAGGAAAUGGGCAGGGAAUGAAAAGAACAUGGUCAUCAUGCCUGGCUACUGCGUGCAGGGAACCGUGGGCCACAAGAUCCUGAGCGGGCAGCGCAAGCUGGAGAUGGAAGGAAGACAAAUUCUGGAAGUGAAGAUGCAGGUGGAGUACAUGUCCUUCAGUGCCCACGCAGAUGCCAAGGGGAUCAUGCAGCUGAUCCGUCAGGCUGAGCCACGGAAUGUUCUCCUGGUCCACGGGGAAGCAAAGAAAAUGGAGUUUCUGAAGCAGAAGAUAGAACAGGAAUUCCAUGUCAGCUGCUACAUGCCUGCCAACGGGGAGACCACCACCAUCCUCACCAAUCCCAGCAUUCCUGUGGACAUCUCCCUGGGACUUCUGAAGAGGGAGACAGCAAUAGGUCUGUUGCCAGAUGUCAAGAAGCCCAAGCUCAUGCAUGGCACGUUGAUGAUGAAGGACAAUAGCUUCCGCCUGGUGUCUCCUGAGCAGGCUCUGAAGGAGCUGGGCCUGGCAGAGCAUCAGCUGCGCUUCACCUGCCGCGUCCACAUCCAGGAUCCGCGCAAGGAGCACGAGACCGUGCUCCGUGUCUACAACCACCUCAAGGGCAUCCUGAAAGAUUACUCGGUGCAGCAUCUCCCUGAUGGGUCGAUAACAGUGGAGUCCAUUCUCAUCCAGGCCACAGCACACUCAGAGGACCAAGGAACCAAAGUUCUGCUCGUAUCCUGGACCUACCAGGAUGAAGAACUGGGCAGUUACCUCACAUCCCUUCUGAAGAAAGGGCUGCCCCAGAGCACAUCAUGAGCAACAGAACAGCAGGCACUGGGGUUUUUCAGAGAGAAUUAGGUUUUAUUUUGUUUACAUUGUCAAGGUGUGUUUCUAGUUCUGUUUCAAUAAAGGAAGCAGAGUCCUUA